GUGUCCUCCCACUAGAGCAUUAGAGUUAAUCAGCUUGCUUCACUACACUAAUCUGAAAUGACAGACCAAUCCACAGCAUGAUGAGUCUGUGCUAGCUGUAGCUCACCUGAAGACACUUCAAAUCACCUUAAAAAUCUUCAGUUCUGUUGUCCAGGACACAGAAAAUGACGUAGUGAUAAUAAUGCAGGAGGAGAACACACAGACAUGUUGGGUGUGUGUGCUGAGCUGCCUUCUGCUCUCAUGUGCAUACGUUGGCAGUCUGUACGUCUGGAGAAGCAGCUUACCCAGGUAUACGACCCACAGCGGAUCUGAUACUGUGCUGUUAGACUUGAAUAUUUAACUGUCAUUGUAUUUGUGCAGGGACCACCCCAGUGUGAUAAAACGUCGCUGUGUCAGUGUGCUGCUGGUGUCUGCGCUGUCACCUGCAGUAGUGAGAGCAUGGAUGCACUGGACUGAUGUCGAAGUGAACGUAUCUGUGUGGGAGCUGAUUGGAGUUCGAAUGGAGGGUCUGCUCCCUGCUGCCGUCCUGCCUCUGCUACUUACUAUGGUGUUUUAUCUCGGCCCUUUGGUUCAAACUGCCAUGGAUAACCCAAGUGGCUUCACAGAGGAACUACAAUCUGUCCUGGAUGUUCAGUCGUGGAGGCUGUGUGUCAGCGAUGCAGUGUGGCUGAGAAACCAGGUGGUGGCGCCAGUGACAGAGGAGCUGGUGUUCAGAGGAGCAAUGCUGCCCAUGCUGGUGCCGUGCACAGGACCCACAGCUGCUAUCUUUACUGCUCCUCUCUUCUUUGGUGUCGCUCAUUUUCACCACAUCAUAGAGCAACGGCACCUCUACAAGGACAGCAUGAGAGUCAUCCUGUUGGUUUCUGGGAUGCAGUUCUUGUACACAACUGUGUUUGGUGUAUUUACUGCCUUUAUUUUCAUGAGAACAGGCCACGUUGUGGGUCCAGUUUUGUGCCAUUCGUUCUGUAACAGCCAGGGCCUUCCUGACAUCGGCUCAGCCCUUCGACACCCUCAGAAACCAGCUCUUCUCUUCUCAUAUGUGAUGGGUUUGCUGCUGUUUCUGGUGCUUCUCUUCCCACUGACAGACCCUUUCUUCUACGGUGCUGCUCCUGUCUGCAGGCUGGCUCCCCCUCCAGUCUCAGUAUGCUAGAUUCAAUGAAGUAAAAUAUAUA